GUGCAACAGUAGGUGAAAUUCUUGUGUGCAGUUCCGAGCAACAUAGCUGUCAUGACAGUGAUGAGACAUAUACCAAUUACAAUAAACAACAUACUUACACAACACAAUUUACAUAUCAAAUGUACACAUACUUACACAACACGAUAAUUAUAUACAAUACACACAAUAUAGAAUACAAUAUAGAAUACACAAUAUGCAAUACAAUAAGUAAGGAGUAUAUGAAAUAUAUAUAUAUAUAUAUAUAUAUGAAGUAGUAUAUUGAGGAGAAUAUGUUGACAGGCAAUGUUGAGAAAUGCUCUUUGAUUCUUCAGAAAGCAUUCGAAAUGAAUGCUAAACCCAGAUCCGUUCUGGAUGCUGCUGUGCGGGAUUUCAAUUUAGGCAAACGCCGGCUCAUUUCACAUGAGGAUAAAGAGAACAUAUCAGGUAAGUUUACAGGAGUUUUUCGCACCAAAAUCGGUUACAGUUUAGUGUUCCACAACCGUUUUCCAUCCUCUCUCUGAUUCCAAAUUUAAAGGUCAGAUUUUAUGACCCCUGUAAUGGAUUGUGUUUUAGUGUCUGCACAUGAAACCGCACAAGAGCCUUUGAAAAGCAGCCUGAGGAGAUCAGAUGAAACAUGUGACCUGCAGGCCAGCUGCACUUUUACCCAGGGGAAUGAUCAAAAGUUCAGUCCACAAGAUGAAUAUGUGCCUGUGUGGAGAUCAGGGUCUCAACCGAGAAGAAUCACCAUGACAAAAGCGAGAUUCCACUGUCCGCUCCACAUUCCCUUUGCGUUCCACCAAGGAGAGGACUUCAGAUGGGGACUCCUACAAUUUACUAAAUCUUAAGCCACCUGUGAUUAGUCCAGAUCAUCUGUGUGAAGAUAUUGAAGAGGCGGGGACACUAUCACAGAACUCCUACACAAACCAGAAAGAAAAGAAACCGCUAGAAUCGAUGACACGAUUGACAUCAACCAGAUAAUCAGCUCAAACUCUCCUGAAAGUUGUCAGAUCUUCCUGAGAAAUCUGGAGAAGAGGGGAGACCCGCAUUCAGACCCAGCCUUUCUCUCCAGACUUCUGGACUGCUGCUCAAAAGUGUUCGCAGAUUUCCCAUGGCAAAGCAUAGCAAAACUGAAAUCUAUGCACGAAUGCUUGUGAGAUAUGCAGAGUUGAAAGGAAUUGAAGAUCCAGAAGAUGCUCAAGAUAAUUUCAGUAUUGCGAGAUCACACUGUAAAGCUCUUGCUUUUGUGCAUAUCGCACAUGCUCAGUUUGAGCUCUCACAAGGUAAUACAUGACAUUUUCACAUGUUGUAAAAAGGAGCCUGGGUAGCUCAGCGAGUAUUGACCCUGACUACCACACCUGGAGUCGCGAGUUUGAAUCCAGGGUGUGCUGAGAGACCCCAGACAGGUCUCCUAAGCAACCAAAUUGGCUCAUUUGCUUGGGAGGGUAGAGUCACAUGGGGUAACCUCCCCAUGGUUGUGAUCGGAGGUUCUCGCUCUCAGUGGGCCACGUGGGAAGUUGUGCUUGAAUUGCGGAGAGUAGCACGAGCCUCCACAUGCUGUGAGUCUCUGUGAGUCUUUCAUGCACAAUGAGUCACGUGAUAGAUUGCACAGAUUGACGGUCUCAGAAGGGGAGGCAACUGAGACUUGUCCUCCACCACCUGGAUGGAGGUGAGUAACCACACCACUACAAGGACCUACUAAGUAGUGGGGAUUGGGCAUUCCAAAUUGGGGUGAAAAAGGGGAUUAAAAAAAUGGGGCCUACCACUGUGAAGGAUUCAAUCUGUGCUAAAUUGUGUCAGUCAAACUGAUGAGAUCAGACUCAAAUGAUGAUCAGAAAUGUAUUUUUAAGUAAACUUCAGCUGCUUGUUUCCAACACUUGUUCAUUCAGAAUGAAAUGAAGAGGAGAAAGAUUUGACUCCCUUUCCAACUUUUACUCUUCUCUUCAGUUCUUCUGGUGUUUGGACUGAAAAGAAUGUUUUGAGAACUGAAUUUUAUGGUUUAUUUUUCAUAGGACAAUACACUCUUAUCUUAAAGGAUCAAGGAAAAUGUAAUUCCUUGUAAUAUCACACCUGGAUAUAAGAACAUAGUCUUAAAAAUGAAAGGUGCAUAGCAUGUCCAGAUCUUCCAUAAUAAUGUGUUUUUAAAAUCUCUCUGGCAAUUGUAGGAAGAGUAAUUUAAUACUUCAGAAAGCUCUGAGCUCAAACCCACGGCCAGUUGAGCUGCUGCAGACGGCAAUGAAACAUUUAAAUGCUGUUAAAACUCAACUGCUCCCCGCUGAGGAUGAACGGAUCACUGCAGUUUUGUGACUCCUGUGGUGAAGCAUGCGCCAGUGAUUGUGUCUGUUCCAUCUACAGCUCAGAAACUAGUUCACGCUCAGAGGCAGGUGUCCUAUAUUCAGCACCCAUCACAGACGCCUGCCUUCGCUUUCUCAAACGAGUCCAUCACAAUCAAGGGCAAACAGUUCUUCAUUUUCAAGAUGAUCGGCAGAGGUGGAUCCAGUAAGGUCUAUUGUCUUGUUUGACAAUAAGAAGUAUGUAUAUGCUUUGAAAUAUGUGAAUCUAGAGGAGGCUGAUGCACAGGCAGUGGAAAGCUACAAGAAUGAGAUGGAGCACUUGAAUCAUCUUCAACAGUACAGCGACCAGAUCAUUAAGCUCUAUGACUAGUAUCAUCCACAUUGAUUUGAAGCCAGCAAAUGUAGUAAUUGUGGAUGCUUCACUGAAACAGAUAGACUUUGGAAUCGCCAACCGCAUUCAGCCCGAUAUGACCAGCAUUAUGAAGGAUUCGCAGGUGGGGACACUAAACUACAUGCCACCAGAGGCCAUUAAAGACACUUCCUCUAAUGGAAAGCCAGGUUCAAAGUAGAACCAUGUAACAAAGAUUUGAAGAGAAUUCUCAACGAGCUUGCGGCUCUUCAGUAUCGCAAGAGCUGCUAGUAACCUGGCCAAGAUGUGCAACAGUGGGAAGAAAUUGGAUGUUUCUGCAUGUGUGAAAACAUCCACUCAGAUGCUAUGGAAAUAAUGAAGAUGCCAUGUGAGUUGUCUAUCAUGGCAUGUGGAGAUAGAGACUGGUUCUAACAGCAGGACUCCACUAUUUCGACUAAAACCACGAUUACUCAUGUAAAGGCUCAGGACCGCUAAUUGGAAGCCUUGAGCUUCUUCCUUCACUAGCUGCCAGCUUGCUUGCCACCUUGUUCUAGAUGUGUUAAGGAAAUUACACAUUUUGUGUGUCUUCCUUCUGAUUUUAUGUGACUAUGUAAUAUGCACUAAGAAAAUGUACAUGACAAAUAAACCUAUCCAGGUAUUCUCUUGAUGCCGGCCCAGAACGGACAUUUCAAAGUAGAAUAUACUGGCUUAGCAUAUUCCCUAAUUCCCUAAUGACAUAUUAUGGUCAUUUUAUAUGAUAUAGUACAGUAAAUAUAUUACAUAUUGAACAUUUAAAUCUGUUUCAAUGUGACACUACAGCUUGGUUUAGUGUGCUUCAUACUGUUGGUUAUAUUGGCUUUGUAUCUUUUAAUAAUUUAAGAGUUUAUCAAAAAUGUUUUUUUUUUUUCCUACCCAGACUUUUGAACAUGCCCUCAAUACACCUUUAAAAAGUAUUAAAAUCAGGAAAAUAUGUUGCAGCGAGGAUGAUCAGUGUGGAGUUGUUUAUUUUAAUAUUUCGCGUGUCUGAAGUGAAGUUACGAGUGUCCUGUUCAUUGGGGUCUUUUAUUUUGAAAGUAUUUCAUAGUGACGUCAUACAAAUGUCGCCGAAAGUUUCUGUCACGUUGUGUUUCAAUCUCGUGUGUUUCUCGUUGGUGAUCAGCAGCAGCGUUGCUGUAAACAACUGAAGGAAUAUAAAUGGAGGAGCUUGAACAACAAGACAUCGUGUUUCUUGAACUCAGACAAAAGUUGCAAAGUGGCCUUUUGUUCAUCCGGAGUGACAUUGUUCAAAAUGGUGCAGAUGUGAAGCUAGAGUCCAGAGAAGAGUCCACCUUAAACAUCCGAACACCUGAAAGGACUUAUCAGGUGAACUUAACACCUGGUGUAAGUCUAGUGGAGGCGUCAUGCCAGAAAAGUCCAGGAGUCACUGAACAUGGAUCCCACUUUAGACUGCGUCUAAACGUGGAGCAGCCAUUAGACACUCCCAGCAGUGUGAUUGGGCGGCUGAAAGUCAAGGAGACAAACUGCUUCCUGUGCCAGUCUUGUGGGUCCAGGGUGCUUCAGGACCGGGUUUUUAGGCGAGUUCUUCCUCUGCCCAAUGGAAACUGGAACACAUUAGUGGACGACUGGUGCUGCCACCCUGAUCCCUUCGCAAACAGGAAACUGCUUCCACGAGAUGACGACUGUCUACUUGGCGACACGUAUAUUCUGUUGGCUCGGGACAGCGGCUGUGAGCAGACUCUCACACAGGAAGUGACCUCAUAUCAAAUAGCUGCAGGUUCCAGCCAGAUUUCUGGAGAGCAGAAGCGAUUCAGUAAGAGUGUGAUGGUUUCCUGUAGGAACUGCUCUGCACUGUUGGGGGAGGAAGUCACUUCAGAGGUGCUGAAGUUUUACAUGACUGAAAUAUUAGUAAAGCCAAGUGAAGAUGGACAGUGUGAUAUAACACAACAUAGUUCACUGUCCAAGUCCAUUUCAACAAGGUUAGCAAGAUGGGGAUUCUUGGAGCAGACUUUGGCUUCCAGACUGGUCGAGCUCUCAUCUGCACAAAGUAUAUUUCGCUUUUCCAUCCAAACUCCAGGUGGCAAAGCCAUGAUUUUGCUGUGGCUUCUGAACACGGACACUCUGGUCGCCUCGUUUCCUGAUGCAGCAGUGAGGGGCGACAGCUUCAUCUCCGCAGGUGGCGUUCGCUCCGGAGAGCAUCAGUCAUUUCAGGCCGUUCCAGCAGUUAAAGUCCUCUAUCUCUCCUGCUCUGACAGCGAGCACAAAGACAUUGUGGAUGUAUGGGAGAAGGAGAUCAGCGUGCACCCUCUGCCCCUCCCUCAGAGAUCAUGUGAGGAGCUCCUGAAUCUUCUGAGUUCCAACACCUCCAGACUGCCGGCAUUCCUGCGCUCUAUGAACUCAUAUCAGGUGGCCUACAUGCGGAUGUAAUGUAUGGCGGUCCAGAGAGCAUCUCAAAACAGACAGAUUCUCCAGUUUAACAUCGUAUGGCAGCACUUUAUUUCAAUGAAACAGUCAUGAUGUCAUAGGCUGUAAACACCUAUGUAAAUGCAAGAUAGGCCUAAUUAAAACCUACAUUAUUGUAUAAAACACUUUUAUGUUGUUUU